CAUACUAAAUACACCAUGAAACAUUGGUACUGUUGCGUAGCAUCAAAACACUCUUUUCUCCAUUUCUCCUCUACUAGGCUCUUUUAGUCUACAGAAGACUUUGAAGAUCGAGCCCAUUUAUGUGUAUAUUUCACGAAUUUCCAUUUCUUAUAUGUUCAGGUGCAUGAACAGAUCUGAAUUAUAUAGUUGGCACCAAUUCAAUGCUGUAGAGAAGAAACCCUAUGUAUGUAAUUCGCAAUUGUAUAGCGGUGAGCGCAUGAUCGAUUGCAAAUGGACUUAGAGAGAUCGUCACUGUGCAAUUGCGUGGUCAACUUUCUGUUGGAAGAGAAUUACUUGUUGUCGGCGUUCGAGCUUCUUCACGAGCUCCUCGACGAUGGACGUGACGCUCACGCAAUUCGCCUCAAGGAAUUCUUCUCCGAUCCGUCUCACUUCCCUCCCGACCAGAUCUCUCGCUUCAAUUCUCUCCGAGUUGCGGACCCGCAGAGUCUGCUAGAAGAAAAAGAAGCACUAGAAGAAAAACUGGCAAUCAGUGAGUAUGAGCUUCGUUUAGUCCAAGAAGACAUUCUCAAACUGAAGACUGAAUUGCAGAAGAAAACUGGGACCUCUCUAGAUGAAGUGAGUGGGUCAAAUGCAGAUGCUUCUACAAACGAUGGACCAGAUAUUCUGCAGCAAAAGAGGGACACUUCGCUCUCUGAUUUGGGUCCUUUGAAAGACAAUGAACGUCGAGAUCUCAACUGUGCAGUGAAAGAGUAUUUGCUUUUAGCUGGGUAUCGUCUGACUGCAAUGACAUUUUACGAGGAGGUUACUGACCAGAACUUAGAUGUUUGGCAGAAUUCAUCUGCUUGUGUACCAGAUGCCCUGCGCCAUUACUAUUACCAGUACCUCUCAUCCACCUCAGAAGCUGCUGAGGAGAAAAUUGCUAUGCUUCGAGAAAAUGAGUCUAUGCUUAAAGAAAAUAAUAGGCUGAAAGAUGAAAAGCAGUCUUUGCUGAAAAGCAAAGAACUGGCUGAUGGCCAAGUUAUGGCAUUGACAAAAUCUUUGGAGGCCCUACAGAAGGAUAUAAAGGACAAGGAGAUUCUGGUACAGGAUUUGAAGCAGUCCUUGGACCACCAAAGAAAAGAACUAAAUGAUUGCAGAGCAGAAAUAACUUCAUUGAAAAUGCACAUUGAAGGAGCUCGAUCUGGAUGGAGUUUGGUUACUGGUGAUGUUGAACAUGUGCAUUCGCCAUCUUUAGAGAGCUACAAGGAAGAAAUAAAACUGCUGCAGAAGAAAGUAGAUAAUUUAAAGGCAGAAAGAUCUAUUGCCAAUGAAUUUGUAGAAUCUAUAAAUAGUGAGAAAGAGAUUACGGAGACGACCAAAAACAAAGUUGUUGAGUUGUGUGAUGAUAACGCCUUAACUUCUUCCGUUGGCAUUGCAUCCGGAGUUCUGGAGAGUGUAGACUCUCAACUGCAUGCAAAUCAUUCCUCCGAUGAUACCAUGGACAGAUCUGAAAAAGCUUCUGAAGAGCCAGUGCUGAGUUCUUUAUAUGAAAAUGGUGCAACAGAGAAUGCUGAGGAUGACCUGAAGCAGAAUGGUCCACCACCCACACCAGACAAUGGGUUACAUCUAAAAUCAGAAAGUUUAGGUGGCAAACCUGAUUCUGAGAAGAUGGGUUUAGGGACCAUUCAGAUCCUUUCUGAUGCAUUGCCUAAAAUUGUUCCUUAUGUUCUGAUCAACCAUCGGGAGGAGCUUCUUCCCCUGAUGAUGUGUGCAAUUGAACGCCAUCCAGAUAGUAGCACACGAGAUUCCCUGACCCACACAUUGUUUAACUUAAUUAAACGUCCAGAUGAACAACAGAGAAGAAUCAUAAUGGAUGCUUGCGUUUCCCUUGCUAAGAAUGUAGGAGAGAUGAGAACCGAAACAGAACUGCUUCCCCAGUGUUGGGAACAAAUUAAUCAUAUGUACGAGGAGCGCAGGCUGCUUGUUGCUCAAUCAUGUGGAGAGCUUGCAGAAUUUGUGCGGCCUGAGAUCCGUGAUUCUCUCAUCUUAUCAAUUGUGCAACAGCUGAUGGAAGAUUCUGCGACUGUGGUCCGCGAGGCUGCUGCACAUAAUCUGGCUUUGCUGCUUCCGCUCUUCCCAAAUACAGACAAAUAUUUCAAGGUUGAGGAGAUGAUGUUUCAAUUGGUUUGCGAUUCCUCUGGAAUGGUGGUAGAAACUACAAUCAAAGAACUAGUUCCCACUCUAUUAAAAUGGGGAAACAAAUUGGAUCAUAUUUUACGAGUUUUACUCUCUCACAUUUUGGGCUCUGCUCAGCGUUGUCAACCUCUUUCAGGAGUUGAAGGUUCUGUUGAGUCACAUCUCCGUGUUUUGGGUGAAAGAGAACGCUGGAAUGUCGAUGUAUUAUUGCGGUUGCUAGUGGAAUUGCUUCCAUUUGUGCACCAAAAAGCUAUUGAGGCAUGUCCAUUUCCUUCUGUUUCAGAAUCUGCAGGAACAUCAUUUUCUACUUCCUUGCUUGAACUGUAUGCAGGGGGGCAUGUGGAAUGGCCUCCAUUUGAGUGGCUUCAUGUUGACUGCUUUCCUGAUUUGAUUCAUCUUACUUCUCUAUUGCCUCAGAAGGAAGAUCAUUUAAGAAAUAGAAUCACAAAGGUAUUGUUGACGGUAUCUGAACUUUUUGGGGAAUAUUAUCUGGCGCACGUCAUGUUACCUGUAUUCUUGGUAGCAGUUGGUGAUAAUGCUGAUUUGAAAUUUUUACCAAACCCAAUCCAGUCGAGAAUUAGAGGUUUGAGACCUAGAACUGCAGUGGCUGAGAGACUGGCUACUAUGUGUGUCCUUCCACUUCUCUUGGCUGGUGUGCUUGGUUCUCCUAGCAAGCACGACCAAUUGACAGAGUACUUGAAAAAAUUGUUAGGCCAGAGUGUAGUGCAAGAGGGUCAACCAGCAAAGUUCAAUGCUGAGAUUUUUAAUUCUAUUCGCUUCCUUUGCACAUUUGAAGAACAUCAUAAGAUGAUUUUUAAUAUUCUGUGGGAAAUGGUCGUUAGUUCCAACAUAGAUAUGAAAAUUGGUGCUGCCAAUCUAUUAAAAGUCAUCGUGCCAUAUAUUGAUGCAAAGGUUGCUUCAACUCAUGUUUUGCCUGCUCUAGUGACUCUUGGCUCUGACCAAAAUUUGAUCGUUAAGUAUGCUAGCAUUGCUGCAUUUGGAGCUGUAGCACAGCAUUUUAAAAAUGACAUGAUUGUUGAUAAAAUACGCAUUCAAAUGGAUGCUUUUCUUGAAGAUGGAUCCCAUGAAGCUACCAUUACUGUGAUACGUGCAUUGGUGGUGGCAGUACCACAUACAACCGAUAGGCUUAGAGAUUAUAUCCUCAAACUUUUCCUGUGGUGAAUUAAUUUUAAUGCAUCAAGUAAUUAAGCAUGCAGUUCUGUCUUAUUGUUUUAGGCCUUAUAAGUGUUUUGUUGGUUCAAAAUGUUGGGUGAAAAUGCUACAAUUGCUGUUUCUUAAUGUAUUAUACAUUUAUUGUCGAAGAUUUUCCAACUUACAACCACAUCCCCUCCUUCAAGUGACAUGAUGCGUCAUCGUGAGAGAGCCAACGCAUUUUGUGAAGCAAUCCGUGCUCUAGAUGCUACAGAUCUGGCGGUCACUAGUGUUAGGGAUUUCCUCCUUCCUUCCAUACAGAACCUAUUAAAAGACACUGAUGCACUUGAUCCAGCACAUAAAGAAGCUCUUGAGAUUAUAAUGAAGGAAAGAUCAGGUGGAACAUUUGAUGCAAUCAGUAAAGUGAUGGGUGCUCAUCUCGGGCUUGCAUCAUCUGUGAGCAGUUUCUUUGGUGAAGGCGGGCUACUGGGCAAGAAGGAAACUGCAGAUCAACCGGGGCCACCUCCCGAGUCAGUUGAACCUGCAACGGCUGUCCCACAACCGCAACCACCGGUUGAGGACACAAGAUUUAGGCGAAUCAUGAGAGGUGGUUUUACAGACAUGCUCCGGGGCAAAACAAAGAGUAGUGAGGAACUUCCCCCUAGCCAAUGACAUUCGACAACAUGGUAAGUCUCUAAUGUGUGAUGGAAGCUUUGAUUUUUUUUUUUUUCCUUUUUGGCUCCUUAUCCCUCGUUUUGCCCAUUGAUGGGGCUGAGUAUUUUAUGAUUAAUCAAAUGAUAAAGAUGAGUAUCUAUUUUUCCUUUCUCUCUACCCAAUAAACAGACAAUACAAUUGAGAAAAUAGAAAAAAAAAUUGAUUUACAAUCAUCUCCAAUAAGUGACUUACAAUUACCCCACCUUCUACAUACUGGAUUUGAUUGUUCGUCUUGACCAUGAUUGAACGUCUGGGUGGUUGUGUUUACCGUGUCUCUCUAAGAACAUAAAGGGAUGUCUU